CAGCCCUGAAACAAACCCUCGCACACACACAUAUAUAUAUACAUUAAUUACAGUUCAUUAGAAAAAAAAAACAAACAAAGCCGCGCAGCUGAGUUAGUUAAAUUUAAUAAACGAAAAGGUUGCAGUUUAUUUAUACACUAGUAAAAUUGCAAAUAACACUGUCAAGCGAUCGGCCACAUUUGAAACGAACUAAAGUGCAUCGUGCGUUUCUAACGAAAAGGAGAAGUGAAUUUACGUAUUAAGAAAAUAACAACAAUUGAAGGAAAGAGUGAGGUGGGCGCUGAGGGGGUGGCUCGCUUUGCAUCUGCUAAACGUCGAAACUGGUAAACAGUAAACAGUAAACGAGGGGGCAAGAGCAGUGCAGCACGAUGGUUGAGCCUAUUUUUGAUUAUCAAUUUCGCUUAAUACUCAUCGGCGACAGCACAGUGGGUAAAAGUUCGCUGCUCCAAUUCUUCACAGAUGGAAAAUUUGCCGAGCUUGCAGAUCCCACAGUGGGCGUGGACUUUUUCGCCCGACUCAUCGAGAUGAAGGAUGGCAAACACAUUAAACUGCAGCUCUGGGAUACAGCUGGCCAGGAGCGCUUCCGUUCAAUAACGAAGUCGUAUUAUCGUAACUCGGUUGGCGUCCUGCUCGUCUACGAUAUAUCGAAUUAUGCGAGCUUCGAGCAUAUACCGCUCUGGAUGAUGGAGGCACAGCGUCACAUUGAGCCGCACCGGCCCGUCUUUGCGCUAGUCGGUUGCAAACUGGAUCUGGUGAAUGCGGGCGGUCAUCGCGAGGUGUCCACGGAGGAAGCGCAAAAGUUUGCCAAACAGCAUGGCGUGCCUUUUGUUGAGACUUCGGCGCGCACCGGCACUAACGUGGAGGAGGCGUUCCGCAUGGUCACCCAAGAGAUCUAUGCCCGCAUUCGAUCUGGUGAAUACAAGGCCGAGGAUGGCUGGGAUGGCAUCAAGUCCGGAUUUGCGAGGCCCAACAGUCACGACUUCAAUCUGGUCGUUGCCGAGUCAGAGAUGUCAUCAUGCUGCUGAUUUGUUUCACAUUGUUUUUGUUUUGGUUUAUUUUGUCAAUCCACAGCGAAAAUCCUUUUAUAUACCAUUUAUAUCGAUAUUAUAUAUGUACAUUAUUAUUUUUUCUUAUGUUGAUCUUUGACCCCUAUAUGAUAUGAUGUAAUGUGCAUUAAUGACAGCUUUUUUUUUUUUGUUGACUCGUUUUUAAUAGCGCACCAAAAAAUUGAAAAACAAAAUGAUAAAGCACGAUUAUUUUUAUUUAGGCUUUUAAGCUACUUGUAACCCAAUACAUUUAAAUAUGACUAUUCGGCCAAUUACAGUCAAUUAGAUGACUUAUGGGUGGUUUAUUAUUAUUGAUUUCUUAUCUUUUAGUACAAUAUUUUUGUCUUUUAACAAAAGCCAAGCAUCACCCACAAAACUCUACUCUGAUUUAAAAAAGUUGUUCAGCUUUAUACAUACGUAGCAGAGAUUUGUGCUCUUCUAAUUAACUUAUACAAGAAAUACGUCUAUAUAUACAUAUAUAUUAUAUAUACAUAUAUGAAAAAGGAUACUUACACUUGAACUUGAAAUAUAAACGUUUUUAUUGCAUA